AUGUAUCGAUACAAGUUCGAAGGGGAAAAAGUGGUUGUAUUAGAUGCGAGUCCAGAUGCCGCAGCAGCGUUAAGGUAACACGGUAUCUAAAGAAUUAGUCUUAAGCGCUGGUUACUCAGCUAGUUAUCAAGGCUUUAAUUACUUCAGGGAGCCAAAAAUGGGGCUCAUCCGGGCUUAUUUUUGAGUUAUGAGAACUAAAACUGAAAAAGAGAUUUAAAGUCACCGAUGUACUGUUUUAAAACUUAAAAGUCAAGCUAUUAUUCAUGCAAACUAUUUCCACGUUCCCUUUUAUAAUUCCUAGGCUAAUUCUUCAUGACCAGUUAGCAUCGACCAAAUUUGAAGGACAUUUGCGGAUAUCAGUACGAUUGACGUCAGUCGUAUUGAUAUCGACAUUAAAAGUGACACACAGAACUAAGGCGAAGAAGCAUAGCGGUGGCUUAGCUGUUUGGCAAUGCAGAGCUAUGCAAACUGAGACGACCGACGCCCCAUAACUGAGCUUGUUGGAAUAACGACGGUCCCUAUAGCACACUCUCCUCUAUCUGCGUAAUGCUUCCCAUUCUACUAAGCCUUGCCAUUUUACAACUUAAGUAGAAACUAAAAGGAAACUGGGACCGUUUAGCUCAGUUGGGAGAGCGCUGGUCUGCUGAGCGGGAGGUCGAGGGCUCAAACUCCGGCCGGACCAACACUCAGGGUCUUUAAAUAACUGAGAAGGAAGUGAUGACAUCUGCAAACGGUUAGACUUUCUAGUCUUCUUGGAUAAGGAAGAAAAACCGUAGGUCCUCUCUCACAGCACUUACACUUAUCUGUUCUUGGGGACGUAAACGUACCGCUGUUCGAAAAGAGCAGGGGAAGUAAGCCCCAGUUUUGUGGCCAACCUUCACACAUCAUUCAAAUCAUGGGUUGGGUGGGUGCAGUAAGCUCACAAAAAAUGGAACGAUACCGGCUGUCAGUGGCGCCUUUGUAUGCUGAAGUCCGAGCUUACUGUUAUUAUGUUAAUAUGUAUGUUGUAAAGAGGGCACGUCGGUUGUCCUCUCAUCGUCCAUGACUCCUUCCUUCCUUUUAGGGACAGGGAAAAAAUUGGCCAAUAGCUGACCGGCGCGUCUCCGGUAACGAUUCCAAAAACAAUUGCUGGACGCAUUUCGGCUCCAGUUCCUUUCUUGUUUCUAAACUGGCGAAUGAUCGGUAACGUUUAGUUUAGCGCAUGCGCGCAGAUGGACUUCUUUUCCGGUGUCUGUGUAAGUAAAAUAAACUGAUCCCUAGCUAUUCGUAUUAGGUUUGCUGGAUUUGACGCUGUUACGCUCGCUAACAAUCAUCUCAACGACUUUGGCGCAAAAGGAGCCAACUUCACCGUUAAAGUUCUGAAGAAGACAGGAGUAAAAUAUUUCGGAGUCAGUCAUGGACAGUACGACAAUUCUCAGGUAUUACUGAAAUGCUAGCAAUCUGAUUCAGAAUAUACUGUCGGGCGUGUGUGAUGAGGAUAGAUGCUCUCCACCCUCCACUUUUUCUUUGUCCCACUCUCUCACUAAAAUCUCGAUGGGAAGGAAUAGAAGGAGAGCAUGCGCACUGGUGUGAGUAUUCGCUUCCCACCAUGAAAUGGGGCCCGCGUGGAUUCGGAUGUGGGUUUUACCUGGGGGGUUACUUUGAGAAAUUUUUGGUGGGUAUGUGCCGUUGGCCUCUCAGAACCCCCUACCCCAUUAUACUCCAUUCUGUGGCCAGUUAUAGCCACCACCUUAGUCAGUUUUAAAAAAUAAUAAUUUUGGCUGUACCAUUUUUUAAAUCCCUACCUACCUGAGUUUUCUGACCUCUAAAGUUCUGAAAAUGUGCGAACCCAUUGUAGUCAAUCCAGUGGUAAAAAUGCCACCCAUCUAGCAGCACAUCCCUAUCAGUUUAUUUCUAGGAAGUACCCCCAGGGGUACCCCCAGGGGUUUUAACACUCCAGUUCGAUGUGGAACGCUCGAAUAAACUGGUUCUACAGAGGUCUAAAGUGUUCCAUGGGUAAACAAAUCACUUUUACACUUUUAAAAACUAUAAACAAAUUACAUCUUUUGGAAUCUAACUUUCGUCUAUUGUGAUAGCUUUUUUAAUCAAUCACUGCGUUGAAAACUUUUUUCUAAGUGGUGUCGUCGUCAUAAUUGCUUUCUUUUAACGCAGGAACCCCUUAUACUGGAGGCAAAAGGAAUAAAAAUUGGAUUCCUUGGGUAUUGUGACUCGCCUUCCUAUAAACAAAACUGCACUGAAAUAAGAAAGCUGUACAACGCUGGUCCUGCUAUUUACAAUGACGUCAUUGCCGCCAGAGACGUGAACAAUUUGAGAAAGGUUUUAGAUUAUCUUAUAAUUAAAUCUUAUGGAUGUACAUUUUCUGUCUUUAAUUUGAUUGGACUCCUAAAGAGGGUUUGCUCUAGAAGAGAGAACUAAGAUUACAAGAGCUUUAGUUUAUCUUAUUAGCUUUUCUGUUUACAGCCUUUAGGAGAAAAGUAGCGUACUAUUUGUCAAAUCGUGCGAAACCCAUCCGCAGAGUCCGAGUCGGGGCGGGAGAGACAGUGCGACUAAACGGUUUUUAUACACACACGUUGAAUAAAAGGCUUUUUCCGGGACAAAGAAACCUACCAAGUGAAAUACUGCAGAAAAACAUCUUCACAUGAGGCUGCCGUUAUAUAUAUAUAUAUUUUUUUUUUCCCGUUGACGCGAUCCUGAAUCUUUCCAUGUACAAAAUAAGUUACGCUGUUCAAGUAUACACUUACGCAUCACACCUUUUAGUAAAAAAGCUAACCGUUGCUGUUUUUGAUUGUUGAAAGGCUAAAGUCGACAUCAUUGUAGUUCUCAUCCACUUCGGACAUGAACAUUAUCGAAGAACUCUUCCCUACCAAUUUCGUACGACAAAACAUCUUAUGUCCCUUGGCGUGCAAGUCAUCAUUGGAGCGCAUCCGCACGUGAUUCAGCAACAUUGUCUCCAUGACAACAAGCUGGUGGCCUACAGUUUGGGGAAUUUCUUGUUCCAUCCGACAAGACCAAUAAGCGUCUCCCGUCCGGUAAUACGCAAACCUGUUAAUCCCGACAUUUGACCAGUAAUUCUCCUUUCUGGCAGCUGUACCUUUCUUUGUACAUUAUUUAGGAGAAUUCAGGGUUAUAUCAAGAUAACAUCCUCUCCCCGAUACAUUUACCAAUUCUCACCACCUAUCUGCUGGACAAUGUAUUGAUAUUACAAGGAAAAGUUAUUCUCAGAUCACUUCAGGGUACUAACAGGGUCUGCUAGGGUUCUGAGAUAAACACAGAGGAUACAAGAGGUUUUUAAACUAGAUACGUCACCCAGAAUACUAACUAGGGAUUUCUGGUGUGUGGUACACUAAGCUUCUUUCCGUUCUUUGGUACAAUAAGGAAAACGUAGAAGAGUCGGGUAUUCGUGUAUUGUGAGAGACUGCUGACUACAUGUACCCACUACUUACCACUAUCACUUUCAUGGGCCUUUUUUAUGUCAGUAGUGAAAUUAAAGUAUCGAAAUCAAACAAAGAAAUGAUAAAAUUAUGUCACUCUCCCUCUCAAUUGCAGUUCAACGAAUCAUGGUUGGGCACUUUUUCAUAUCCCAAGCUAUCUGGCUAUUACUUGUCUAUGACAAACUGUGGUCUUAAGUAAUUUUUUCCUUGCGAAAUAGACUGGAAAUUCCACUUCGGCGAUUUGCCUUAAAAAUAGCCGUGUACCCAUUUAUCUAAUUUUUUUGUCGGUUAUCAUUAGAGGGUGGCAGAUGUCAUAAUAUUUGUGGACGUUUGCAUGAUUGACAAGGCAGGGGGGAAUGAUAAAGAAAUUAACCGCAAAAACCGUGUUUGAAGAUUCUGCUGGUUGUCAACGUUGGAUCUCUAGAAAAGAGAUCUAAUCUGCUAAAAUAUUGAGAACAAAAAAAUGUUAAAAAGGAGCAAAGCUGGUCCAAACCGUGUCUUGCUUUUUAGGAUAUGAGCCUUCUUCAGAUAAUAAAUUUUGAUAAGAAGAACGUGUAGAUAGGGAACAAUACACUCAAUGUACAACAUCAAAGAGAAAAGAAAAACUAAGUUAGGGGAAGGCAAAUUUCAAGAAAAGUGGAAUCACUCACGACUUCCUUUAUCUUGGUUUUUUUAUUAACAGGCUGUGUAUGGGCGACUAGGAAAGAAACCUAAUAAAGACUUAAUAGAUUCUUUUGAACACUUUGUUCUGGGAAGCAGCGAAAACUUGAAAAAGACGCAGAUGCUAAAAGUAACUUUAUCAAGGUAGGGCCAGCUUUGAAAUUUUUUAUUCUUGAAAUUCGUUACAAGUAUUGGCCUUCUUUGUUCUUGUCCACAUAUGGUCUUACAGGGGAGCUCCGAGUGCCGGAGCACCAAAAUCGAGAAAAAUAUUCAAAAUUGUGGUGGUCAUGUGAAUAUCCAUCCGACCGCCCUUACUUCUCCAUCACAGGGACAGCAAUGGAAACGGAAAUGUCACCUUAUCAAGAUAAGAAACCAUCGUAAAAUAAGAAGACGCUUUCAUUUUUUUUUUAAUGAAAUAUGCAAUACUGAAAUAUGCAAAUGAUCGAAAUAACGACCGGAAAUUCAUCUGCGUUCGCAGGCUACUUAGCGUCAAUUCCAAGUUAUCAUCUUGGGUGUUUAUAUCUUAAUAUAACCAAAUUCAACAAUAAUACAGGGGUGUUACCGCGAAAUGAUGAAUGGUCAAAAACCAAAGACAGAAGUCUCUCAAUUGCUAGAGAUUUUUGAUACGUUUAGGGAGCUAUCAAACGUAAUAAAAUGAAAUCUAUUUUCUUUCAGAAAUGGUGUAUUGAGAGCUUCAUAUCUUCCUCUCAAAAUCUUAUUUGACUCUAAAUCUAAAAGAAUUCAUCCAGAGCCCAUAAAGAAUGCCAGAUGGAUAAGAGUUUGCGGAAAGAAGGACAAGCAGUGUGAAAAAAGUUGUAAAGAUCCAAGAAGAAACAAUAACUAA